GUCGCUGUGCGCCCCUUCCUGAGGAGAGCUGUAACUAACGGCGGUGUCAGAGCUGUAAAUAAACAACGGCGGUGUCAGAGCUGGAAAUAAACAACGGCGGUGUCAGAGCUGUAAAUAAACAACGGCGGUGUCAGAGCUGGAAACAACGGCGGUGUCAGAGCUGGAAACAACGGCGGUGUCAGAGCUGGAAACAACGGCGGUGUCCGCGCCCUGUGCGCGGGCCUGGAAAGGAUCGGGACAGGAUCCCGUGUGGGCACAGCCCGUGUUCCGGGCGGGUGUGUCAGGGCUCGGGGCCGGGAAUGGAUGGAUCCCGUGUGGGCACAGCCCGUGUUCCGGGCGGGUGUGUCAGGGCUCGGGGCCGGGAAUGGAUGGAUCCCGUGUGGCACAGCCCGUGUUCCGGGCGGGUGUGUCAGGGCUCGGGGCCGGGAAUGGAUGGAUCCCGUGUGGGCACAGCCCGUGUUCCGGCCGGGUCUGUCCGUGCCCUGUCAGGGCUCGGGGCCGGCGCCGCCACAGCCCGCGGGCACGCGCACGGCCGCGCGCAGGCGCAGGGCCGGCUGGGGCCGCCAUGUCGGGCGCGCCGCCCGUGCUGCUCGGGCUGCGGGACGCGCCCAUGGCCGGGCCCGCUGGGCCCGCGCCGCUCCCCGCGUGGGCCACCAACAAGCUGGGCGGCUCCGCGCUGGAAGGUGCUGCGCUCCCAGUACUCGCAGGAGGAGGAGAGCCGAGCCCAGCCCGUGGCACAGAAACAAGGCUCAAGCUUUGCUGCGAAGGACUGGUGUGAGGAGGCAGAUGACUGGGGAGCCGGUGAUGGAGCAGAGCCUCCUGCAUGUGCCUCCCUGCUUGGCUUAGGGGAAGCAGUGAGCAGCUCCCUGUCCAGGGAGCUGGACUGUGCAUCCCAGCUCCAACAGCUCUGCCUGGCUGAGCCUGCAGAGGGCUCAGGCCCCCGGAACACACGUCCUGCAGCCAGGGAGGAAAUGGCAAUGGAAACACCUGAUCCUGCCCCUGUGUUCCAGCCCUUUUAUAUCAGUGUGGUGGAUGAGGAAGACUACAGGGGCUUCCUGGAUACACACCAUGCAGAUGAGCUACUGAAGGAGUAUCAGCAGAGAGAGGGCGUUGAUUUGGAGCAGAUGAUGUCAGAAAGCUUUGCAGGUGAAAGUGGUAAUGAAAAAUAUGAGAAGAGUGAAGUCAAGAGCUGGGACCACACGUUCUAUAAAUUCAUGAAAAGAAUAUCUGUGUGUCCUGAACAGAUUCUGAGGUACUCUUGGGGAGGGCAGCCCUUAUUCAUCACAUCUCCUCCAGCUGACAUCACCCAGGGCGUUCCAGCCUGCAGUGUCUGUGGGAGCAGCAGAGUGUUUGAAUUGCAGCUGAUGCCAGCCCUGGUCAGCCUGCUCCACACUGACUCAGAUCUGUCAGUGGAAUUUGGAACUGCUAUAGUUUACACAUGCGAGAGAAGCUGCUGGCCAACAAAUCACCAAACCCCUCUUGAAGAAUUUAUUUUUGUACAAGAAGACCCAGAUCAGAAAUUAUUUAAAUAAAUUGUAUUUCUCUACAUA